CGUGCGCACGAGGCAGUAAUAAGAGGACAGUUUGUACUGCAUUUUGCUGUGUCAGGGCGACGUUAACGGUGUUUUACUGCUGUCAAAAAACAUGAAUAAUUCUAUGCAGAGACAGUUCUCUCCGUAUUCAUUCCACGGAGGAACUGUUCUUGCCAUAGCUGGUGACGAUUACACAAUCAUAGCAUCAGACACACGACUAAGCGAAGGAUUUCUCAUUCAUUCGAGAGAAUCUCCAAAGUUAUACAAACUGACAAAGAGUACAGUCCUUGGUUGCACUGGUUUUCAUGGAGAUGCUCUAACAGUGACAAGAAAUGUAGCAAUGAGAUUGAAGAAAUAUGAAAAUGAACAUGGCAAAACUAUGAGCUGUUCAGCAAUUGCACAGAUGUUGCAAACUAUCCUCUACUAUAGAAGAUUCUUCCCAUACUAUACAUAUAACAUCGUAGCUGGGCUUGAUGCUGAAGGCAAAGGUGCUGUUUACAGUUUUGAUCCAGUUGGAUCAUAUGAACGAGAGAAAUACAGAGCAGAAGGGUCAUCAUCAGCAAUGUUGCAACCAUUCCUUGACAAUCAGGUAGGGAGAAUGAAUCAACAAGAUCCAUCAAAGGAGCCAUUGACCAAAGAACAGUGCUUGCAGUUUGUAAAGGACAUUUUCAUUUCUGCUGCUGAGCGUGAUAUCCACACAGGCGAUGGUGUCCUUAUCAAUGUCAUAACUAAAGAUGGCAUUGCAGAGGAAUUUUUCCCAUUGAGGAGAGAUUAACUUGAUUUAAAGCUAGUGAUGUUCUUUCAAUGUUUUAGUGUUCUGUAAGAUGGUUGUUGAAGAAAGAUAACCUCAUUCAAGA